AUGGCUAUCAAGAACGGACCAGCGAACGGCAGUCACUCUCCCAGCACGAGCUCUUCUCGCCUCUUCUCAAAAUCGGAAACGACAGCGGUAGAACGAUUUGCAACCACCUGCUCCCAACGAGCCUCUCCAGAGGAUUACCAGCUCGCCGCAUCCAUCGAAAAGAACAUUCCGAUCUACGACCUCCCUGAAUAUUCAACCUUGAGCGACUCAGAACGCACAGAGCUGCAAGACGAAUGGUACCGCGUACUGAUCUCUGGCCCAGGCGUCUUUGUCACAAAGGGCCUUUUCCGUGACAAAGCGCUGAUUCAGUCAGCAAACGCGGCUUUCGCAUCAAUUAUCGAGGACGAGAAGAAAUCAGGAACCGCAAAGGGUGACCACUUUGCCAGCGCUGGCAAAAACGACCGCAUCUGGAACUCGUUUAGCAAACACGGCCUCAAGGACCCGGCGUCCUUUGUAGACUACUAUUCGAAUCCAUACCUCGGCCUCAUCUCGAGCGCGUGGCUCGGACAUGGCUACAGAAUCACAGCGCAGGUCAACAACACCAAGCCCGGUGCCUCGCCGCAGGUCUGCCACCGCGACUACCAUGUUGGCUUCCAGACGGCAGAAGCAGCCGCGCAGAUCCCACGGGCGACGCAGAUCGCCAGCCAGCUCUUGACGCUGCAGGGCGCCGUCGCCCACUCCGCGGUGCCUCUGGAAAGUGGUCCCACGCGGCUGCUGCCGUUCAGCCAGAUGUUCGAAGCCGGCUACGUCUCGUAUCGUCGCCCCGAGUUUAACGACUACUUCUUGAAGAAUUAUGUCGCUUUGCCGCUCGAGGUGGGAGAUGGGCUCUUCUUCAACCCGGCGCUCUUCCACGCGGCUGGCAAGAACGAGUCGAGCGAUGUGUACAGAAUGGCGAAUUUGUUGCAGAUCAGCAGCCCUUUUGGCAAGCCGAUGGAGUCCGUGGAUGCCGUACCGCUGGUGGAAAAGAGCUGGGAUCACUUGCUCAAGCUAUACGAAAACGAAGGGCUGAAAACAGGGGGGUGCCGGGAAGUGGGGGGUUUGACUUAUCCGUUCCCUACGAACUUGGACAACAACCCGCCAAGGAAUGAGGGUAUGGCGCCAGAAUCAGAGCAGGACAAUGUCACACAGAGUUUGGUCGAAAAGCGAAGCAUAACCGAAGCGGUAGAAGCCCUGAAGGCAUUUGUCAAGAGAUCGUCAGCAUGA